AUGGCGGACGAGCCUGCGGCCAAGAGAGCGAAGACCGAGGGAACGGAUGCGCUGUCCUUCAUCUCGGACAUCUGUGGUACGCUGAAGCGGCUGAAGCGGACAGGCUGGGUCAUGCGGAAAGUUCCGCUACCAGAAAGUGACUCCGAUCACAUGCACCGCUGCGCCAUGUGCGCCAUGCUGCUGACGCAGCCGGCCGACCUCCGGGAUGACUACACGGCCCCAGGCAUGGAGAAGUUCCAUCCAGAAAAGGUCGACACGGUGCGGCUCUUGCGGAUGGCCGUCAGCCAUGACCUCUGUGAGGCCCUAGCAGGGGACAUCACGCCGUACUGCAACCCCACCUUGGUGGCCUCCAAGCACGAGAAAGAGAAGGAGGCCAUGCAAGCGAUCCGGAAGGUGGUGGGAGACCCUCUGGGCCAGGAGCUUUUCGAGCUUUGGGCGGAGUACGAGGAGCUGAAGACAGUGGAGGCGAUCUACUGCAAAGACAUCGACAAGUUCGAGAUGGUGGUCCAGGCUCUGGAUCUAUGUAUAUGUAUAUACAUAUAUACACACACACACAAACAUAUAUGCAUAUAUAUAUAUAUAGAUACACACACAAAUAUACACACAAACCUGCAUACCUACCUCCUGCCUGCCUGCCUGCCUGCCUGCCUGCCUGCCUGCCUGCCUGCCUGCCUGCCUGCCUACAUAGAUACAUACAUACCUACAUACAUACAUACGUACGUACGUACGUACGUACGUACGUACGUACGUACAUACACUCACACUCACACGCACACGCACACACAUACACAUGCACAUGCAUGGUCCACGUGA